AUGUACCCUGGAGCACGUGAAACCACCCCCAAUCCUUACCCGUCAAGCAGCUACGGGUCUCCUGGGUCUCAGCAACAUCCGAGUCCAAUAAACCCGGGAAACCAAGCUCAAGGUGGGCAGCCUUACUUCGUUGCAUCUCCGGGAAUCAUUCCUAGCAAUCAGCUGGGUCAAGGAAACGUACAAAUGAUAAGUCCAGCUACAGGAACAGCACCGACAAACUUCAAAGAAUCAAAGACACUGGGGGGAAUCCAGAUUGUGAUUGGAUCAAUGCACAUUGGCUUUGGAAUUAUUUUGGGCCUUUUGAGCUACUCUACUACACAAUAUUUGGGUUUUGGCUCCUUCACUUUUAUUAGUGGAUAUCCAUUCUGGGGUGGAAUCUGUUUCAUUAUUUCUGGAUCACUCUCUAUAACAACAUUCAAGGAAUUCUCCCCUUGCCUGAUAAAAAGCAGCCUGGGAAUGAACAUUGUGAGUUCUAUUUUUUCCCUAAUUGGGGCGAUUCUGUUGUUACUGGACCUGUGCAUCAAUGGCCUCGCUUCUCAGGCCUACUGGGCAGUGAUUUCUGGGAAAGGAAUUUCAGCCAUGCUGAUGAUUUUCUCCCUCUUGGAGUUCUGCAUAACUUGUGCCACAGCCCAUUUUGCCAAGCAAAUGGUCACCAACACCAGUGGGUCUGUCCUGGUCAUUCCAGCUGUGUAUGCAAACAACCCGUGACACAAGAGUCUUCCUCAGCUCCUCCGAGAAAUGAUGGGUACCCGGUUUAUGCCCCUAAAUAUUAAAGAAAAUGGGGGCACUGGGCCAAUAUCAUGGGGGUAAAACUACUCUGCAAAAACUGCUUGUGAAGCUGGUCUUUACUGUCUACGAUGAUUGUGAAUCUUCAGAGACUGCAUUUGAGAUUUGUGCAUCACUAAUGACAACCAUAUCUCCCCGUCACUGUCUUGUACUUACCAGUACCCCACACUGGCAAGGGUGAAGGACCAGAGAACUGAAAAAAACAACCCUUCAACUCUGAAAGCCAUAUAUUUUCCUGUUGAUGUUACCUUUUCUGCAAUAAAAUGCUAUUAUGAACAUAA